AUGUCUGGGAGAAGAAUCCACGAAGCCAGCGAGGCCGGAGACAAAACCGUCAAGAAGUCGUCAUCUCGCUUACGCCAACAGAAAGACAGAGACCAGGCGGACGAGGAGAAGAAGGAAACGAAGGAGAAAGAGAAGAAGAACGAGGGGAGGCAGGAGGAGCCACUCUUAAAUCUGCUUCAACAUAGACAUCAUCGUCGUCUGAAAAGGUAAAAAAGUAGCUCACUGGUAGGAAUAUUUCAGUAGAGCAAUUGUAAUAAAAAAUUACCAUCGGAUAAAGACGGACGCUCAAGGUAGCAAAAUGGUGAUUAAUGCAAGUAAUGCUUCUCUUUGGACAGAUUCAUGUAAGAGUCGAAAAUGUAAAGAAUAUUUAAUAAGUGUUCUAAAUGUUUCAACGAGUGAUCCAAACGUUUCAACAAGUGUUUCAAACGUUUCAAUAAGUGUUCUAAACGUUUCAAUAAGUGUUCUAAAUGUUCUGCAAAUGUCAUAAAUGUGUAAUAGGAAUAAAUAAAAUAAGUAAAAAUAAAAAUCGUUUAGUAUGUGUUCAAUAA